CGGCUGCUAAACGUGGGGAUGAGGAGAUAGAAGCCCAAGGUAUACGGGAUGAAGAAGAGGAGAUGGAGUCUGAGGGAGAAGGGGCCCCCGAUGAUUCUUAUGAGGGAUCAGGCCAAUCUUCUUCUGAAGAGGAGGACGAAAAGGAAAACGAAGCAGAGAUCCAGCGUCUGGAAGAGCAAUUAUCUAUAAAUGCCUUUGAUUACAACUGUCAUGUUGACCUCAUCAAACUGCUGCGACAGGAAGGGGAGCUGGAGAGGCUUAGACGUGCUAGGCAGAAGAUGAGUGAGCUUUUUCCAUUAACUGAAGAGAUUUGGCUGGACUGGCUCAAGGAUGAAAUGAAAGUUGCAGAUGAAGGAUCCUAUCGUGAGAAAGUUUAUGAACUCUUUGAACGAGCAGUAAAAGACUAUAUAUGUCCUGAAAUUUGGCUGGAAUAUGCACAGUAUUCUAUUGGUGGCAUGGGAGAGGAGGGAGGAAUUGCAAAAGUUCGCUCUAUCUUUGAGAGAGCACUAACUGCUGUAGGACUUCAUAUGACUAAAGGAUCCACACUUUGGGAUGCAUACAGGGAAUUCGAAAAUGCAAUUUUGGGAACCAUACAGGUAAAACGACUUUUACUGUGCUCUAAAAAUGGAAGUAUUUAAGGAUAUAAGCAUCUGUAUUUGGGACUCCUUUAUAUGAAGUAAAUGAUCAAAUCUUUGUUGCUUAUGCAAAUGUACCAAUGAUGUUUCUAAAUAAUUAUGAUUAGAAUAAUUGAAUGCCUAGUCCACAAGUUUUAUAAUAUCUCUUUGUAAAAUCUGUUUGCCAAUCUGUGGGGUUCUUUCUGCUAAUGCAAUAUCUGAAGAAUUCCAUUAUAAGACACUUUUGUCUGUCCAUGCUUUUUAGCUGGGUUGCGUUUCUAUUUCUAAAAUACUUUUCACUAGGCUUGGACAUAGAGACCUUUUUGUGGGUGAUUCGAAUGGAGCUAUUGCUGUAUUAAAAAAAAAAA